AUGAACGGGCAUUUGCAGAAUCAGCUUACAAAAUCAUUAGAACGAAUUUUAGAAGAAGCUCAUUUAAGUGGAGAAUUAAAAUUAAGUGGAAGAAAAUUAAAAGACUUUCCUAAAUCUGGUGGAAAAUAUGAUCUUAGUGAUACAGUGAUUGCAGAUUUUAAUUAUUCUAGAAAUUUCGAUAAACAAUGUGAGUAUAUAAAUAUUUUGAAUAACUCGGUUGGGGAGCAAAGCAAAUCAAUAAAUGCACGUGUAUUAUAA